CACUGGAAAAUAAAAACAAAGAACUUGAACAUAAUGAAAUGAAGUAUCAAAAUUCACAACACAACGAAGCACGAUCAAAAAAUGAUGUUAAUAACACUUUACGCAAAAAAACUAAUAAAGAAAAAGAUAUGAAUAAAAAACGUAAAAUGUACAAGAAAUUUAAUAUAGAAUGCCGUAAAUCUAGUUCAGAAAAAUCAAGCUCUGAAUAUGAAUCUGAUACCGAAGAUAAUGAAAUUAAUGCUAAAAAGUGUGUACUAAAUGACCAGUCUGCGACUCUAUCGAUCUCAAGAUCUCGACCUUUUGUUUCGAAGGAUAAUGAAGCCAAUAUUAAGACGAAUGUAUCAAAUGAUCAAUCUGCAACUUUACCAAUUCCAAAACCUCCACCAGAAAAAUGUCAAUAUGCGCAUUUGUACUUAAAACUAAAUUUAGAUAAGUCCACAUAUAACAGCUAUAGA